AUGCUCGUGAAACUCGACACAGAGGAGGGAUGUAACUUCAACAGCCCGUCGCUUUUAAAUCUCUUUACGAUUUCCAAAGUUCUCGGUAUUUCCGCCAGUAUACUAUUGAAUUUAAGAAGACACCCGGAUAUUUUGGACAUUAAACUCUCGGUUUGUGUCGAUAGGUGGUAAGGAGGAUGUAUUUAAGCGAGGACUGCGGCGCCGUGUAUGUCAGGGAGAAAGGAGAACUGCGAUAUGUCAGUGCAGACAAGAAUGAUGCUCCGCAGCACAGACUCUUCAACAGGGACUUCUCUUUUCAACUUUGCAUCGACACUUUACCCUCCGCCAGCCACACAAAGAGAAGAGACCACUUCAUAUUUACCUACAACAAGGAGGGGAGUCUGCGGUACUCGGUGAAGUCUUUAUUUGACAUAUCAUUACAGUUCAUCGCUGAUCACAUUGAGCAUGUGGAAUCGCUUGUCGGCUUUCCCGAGCAAAUGGCUGAUAAGUUGUUCUCGGCCGCCGAAGAGAGACACAAAUUCACUGAGCCACAAACUGCACCCAGGGCACUGCAGGUCUUCUGUGAGGCCUACGGAGAACUAGUGCUGAAAUCCCUGUGUUUAAGAAACAGGUCCCUUUUGAUACCUGAAAGGUUGGAGGAGAUCAGACAGUUUCAGAGUCUGGAGUGCCUGGACCUCUAUGGAUGUAGAUUGGGUGACAACCAUGAGGUUUUUAAAUACAUAACAUCUGAAGCUCUGGCUAGUCUUGUGAAACUUUUCAUGGGUGCAAACUGCCUUUCUGAUGCUGGCCUUCAGAGGCUGACUGCACCGGUGAGGGUUAUGAAGAAAGGCCUAGAAAACCUGCAGCUUUUGGACCUCUCUGAGAAUCACAUCACCGAGAAAGGUCUUGGAUAUCUAACAUGCUUUAAAGCACUACAGAAACUAGACAUAUCUAGGACGAAUGUGACGGUGAAUGCAUCUUUGAAAGGAUUCUUCAGAAUGAAGAUGAGAAUGGUCCUCUCAGAGACCCCUUUGAAAGAGUUUGGACACUCGGAUUGCAACACAGAAGGCUGGGCUGAACAGGUAAUAAACCAAUGGGAAAUUACAGCUUCAGAAGUACCAAAGAAAGACUCCAAACCAAGAACAAAUGCUCUCCGUUUCUAUGGAAGAGAAAAGUUUGUUCGAGAAACAUUGAACUCCUGGUCUGGGACAAGUGCCACCACAAACAAAGACAAAGUUGUGCCAGUUCACUUUUAUACGGUUGAUCUCUGUGGCCCGAGCUCAACAGCAGAACACAACACGCAUGCAUCAGCACACAAGGGAAAGAAGAGGAGACUAUCAGAGGAAGAGCAAAGUUCAACUCCUGUCGCAAAGCGCCAAUCCUUCUCUGCUUUGUCUGCGGAGGACUUAGAUCUGUUAAACAGCUAUUGAGUGGACUCACACAUGUAUACAGUGCAUUCCUCUGUGAGGAACGUGACACUGAAAUGCUUUUAGGUUGGAUUAUUUACAAUUAAAAACAGCUUGCUUUUUAUUUUUGUACUGUAAACUUUUAUUUUCUCUGACAAAUUGACUGGCUGCCAAUCAUGGGUAUAUUUAUACAAAAUCAUUGAGUAAAUCACUGAAAGUCGCCAUGAAACGGAAGUUGCGUUAGUCUUCACUUAAUUGCGGCAUAUCCAUGUGCAAAGGCUUCUCGAACAAGAAAAAUAUAUAUAUAUAGGGUGGGACUUGAUUUUGUCCAUGGGGAAUAGAGUGGUGCAGGGAUGGCAUAUUUAUGUAGGCCAACCCAGAAAGUAGCAUCAACCUGGUUCCCUCAUCAAUUGGCUAUUGGAUUAUUAUAGAAAAAAAAAUUCUGUGCAUUCAUUUUAAAACAAGAUGUGCAUGGAUAGAUCAUGUAUAACAAAUAGUGCAAUAUUCCAGAAAAAUAAGUAUUAUUAUAUUUUAAAUAAUGUUGGUAUCCAAACAGUUGAUGGUAGCCAUCGACUCUGGAAGAAUGAAGAAACAAAUUCAUACAGGUUUGGAACAACUUGAGGGUGAGUAAAUGAUGACAGAAUUUAAAUUUUUGGGUGAAUUGUCCAUUUAAAGCUGGAAUACACUACACAACUUUUACAAUCUAAACAGGUUUUAAUAUAAUCUGCUAAUAUAAUAAUAGGAUAAGAUUUUAAAAUACACUGACUAAAAAUGGACUCUAAACACUACCAGACUUUCAAGAUGUUCUGAACACAACAAAUUCCCAUAGAAACAUGUCUGAGAAUGAUGUCGUAAUUGUCUGUGAAAUCUGUCAACUCAAAACUGAACACUGGCACUGAGUUUUGGAAACUAGCAUUGAUUCGUCCAGAUUUUAAAUAAGGGCAAAAAUUUGGACCAAAGUUGUGUAGUGUAUUCCAGCCUUAAAAUAACAAAUUUCAAAACAGGACAAACGGUAGUGUGAACACAUGCCCAGAGUCAAUGCUAUCAGACAGUACAUCUGACCUCAAAAACAAAACAAAUUGUCCAAUAAUCUAUUUUAGUACAUUACUUUAAUUUCAGAAAUCUUGGCAUUUUUAGCCUCUGAUGCAGAUGUAUUCAUUAGA